UUAAUCCAAAUGGGUUUUCUCAACAUUUCACUUCAAACCCAAUGAUCGCCCCUUUCUUCUUCAGAUUGGAUUCUCGUUUUCCCUUCUGUUUUUCUUCAAUUCCGCUCUUACUUUUCACUACCACACCAGAUUCUGUAAUCAGGUUGUAAGGUUGAAUUACCAUGGGGGGAGCUUGUUCUAGGAAAAGAGAUCAACAAACCAACGAAGAUAAUGUGCAUGGAGGUGUUUCUAGAAGAUAUUCUAAAAGUGGAAGCUCAAAAUGGCUAGGAACUUCUUUUUCUCGAGCAUAUGUGGACAAUAAAGACGGAAAGGCAAUAUGCCCGUCUCUAAUGGAAUUGUGCAUUUAUAAAAUUUCUGAGGAAAUUUAUCAAUAUGGUACCUUUUCUAUGAUUCCAAGAGAUAUCAGUCAGCAGAUUUUUGAUGAAUUGGUCUAUUCUCAACGGCUUAACGAGGCUUGUCUUGAAGCUUUUCAAGAUUGUGCUCUGCAGGACAUUAAUUUAGGCGAAUAUCCAGGGGUUGAUGAUGCCUGGAUGGAUAUCAUCUGCUCACAGGGAUCAUCUUUACUUUCUGCAGAUCUUUCUGGUUCUGAUGUUACAGAUUCUGGUUUGUUCCAUAUGAAAGACUGCAAGAACGUUGAAGCUUUAAACUUUAAUUUCUGUGACCAGAUUUCUGAUGUCGGGCUUGGCCGAAUUAGUGGUCUUUCAAACUUGACAACUUUGAGUUUGAAAAGGAAUAGCAGCAUUACCGCCAAAGGGAUGAGUGUGCUUUCAGGAUUAAUCAAUUUGUUAAAGUUGGACUUGGAAAGAUGUCAUGGUGUCCAUGGUGGUCUUGUUCAUCUAAGAGGUCUGAAAAAGCUCGAGGCACUUAACAUCAACUGUUGUAACUGCAUUACUGAUGCGGAUAUGAAGCCUCUCUCAGAGCUAACAAACCUGAAAGAAUUACAAAUUUCUUGCAGCAAGGUCACAGAUCAUGGUGUCACAUUCUUGAAAGGUUUACACAAGCUUGCAUUGCUGAAUAUGGAACGCUGCCCGAUAACUGCAGCAUGCUUGGGUUCACUUUCAGAUAUUGUUGCUCUACUUUAUCUGAAUGUAAGCAGAUCUAAUCUGACUGACAAUGGGUGUGACAAGUUUUCAAAGCUGAAGUCUCUAAAAGUGCUGAACUUGGGAUUUAAUGAUAUAUCAGAUGCUGUUCUUGCACACCUGAAAGGUUUGAUACAUUUGGAGAGUUUGAAUCUGGAUUCAUGUCGAAUAGGGGAUGAAGGACUGGUACACUUAGCAGGUCUUGAUCAUUUGAAAUGUUUGGAAUUGUCUGAUACGGAAGUUGGAAACAACGGUCUUCGUCAUCUAUCUGGUUUGGUGAAUUUGGAAAGUUUGAACCUUUCAUUCACUAUUAUUACUGAUGGAGGGUUAAGAUACUUGGCUAAAUUGUCAUCUCUUAGAUCCCUCAAUUUAGAUGUUCGCCAAAUCACAGAUGCCGGACUUGCAGCUCUUACAAGUUUGACUGGAUUAACUCAUUUGGAUCUCUUUUGUGCUAAAAUAACCGACAAUGGGACGAAUUAUUUGCGCAAUUUCAAGAACUUGCGAUCCCUAGAAAUUUGUGGUGGGGGAUUAACCGAUGCGGGUGUGAAAAACAUCAAGAAUCUUCAAUCUCUGAUGCUUUUGAAUCUAUCUCAAAACAACCACCUGACAGAUAAAUCUCUGGAAUUGAUUUCCGAAUUGACACAAUUGGUCUCUUUAAAUGUUUCGAGUUCACGGGUAACCAGUGCAGGAUUGCAGCAUCUAACGAAGCUCAAGAACUUGAAAUCACUCAGCUUGGAGUCCACUAAGGUGACAGCAAACGAUAUAAAACGACUCCACGAAUCCCACCUCCCGGAUCUCAUGACGUUUCGGCCCGAAUGAUUCCCAAAGAAGACGACUUUUUGUACAUAAAGUUGGGUGCUCAUGGACUCGAGAAUUUGUUGAAUUGUAAAUACCAGAUACCUGCUGAAUGUGAAGCUUUUUCUUCCAUAAAAAUGGAAGCUGUAAAGUAAAUAAAAGCAUCCAUGGCUGGAUCUAUUUAAUAUUUAUCUUGAGAUUAAGAUUUCUUGAAAAGAUUCUUGUAUAUAUUCUGGGAUGGUUCUGUAUAAAAUGAAAAAUUCUUGUAGAUCAAGAUUUCUUGUAAUAUUUGUCUUAAGAUCAAGAUUUCUUGAAAAGAUUCUUGUAAAUAUUCUGGGUAUAAAAUGGAAAUUUCUUUAUUCAUGA